AUGCUUAGGGCGGCUGUGUCCUCCUUAAUAUCGCCCAGUUGUGAAUCAAGUCAGAAACUCUUGCUAUUCUCAACUCCGUGUGCUACACAAACUCGAGGAAGAAGGCGAACUUUAACACCUCCGCCAUGGACUCCCCCCGUUUUUGAGAAAGGACACACAGAUUUGAUAGAUGAUGCUAACAAAGCUCUGCUUAAAAAAGUGUCUGAGUUGGAACUUGAUCAGAAUGUGAAAACUUCUCAACUGAAGGCUGCAGAAUGUUCUGCUGAACUGUCUGAAAUACCUUCUGAUACUAGGCGUGUUGGUUUGCUGGUAAGGAAAAUUGGAAUGAUGCCUCAGUGGACAAACACUGGAGACAGAGUUCUUUGCACACUCUUAGAAUUAGCAGAUAACCAUAUUGUCAACACAGUUUCUCCUGAUACUUGGUAUAGGACUAGCUUGAUUGGUAAACGAAAGGCUUUCAAUCGAGAAGGCCCUUUAUGGAAGGUAACAGUCGGUGCUGUUGAUAGCCCCAAUGGUCAUUUCACAAAUGCUUACAGGCAGCAAUUCAUAAGAGCAGGCGUGCCCGUGAAAGAGCAUUUAGGAGCGUUCUUGGUGUCGAACGAUGCUGUUCCUCCAGUUGGUACUCCUCUCGAUAUUCGUCAUUUCACUGUUGGGCAAUUCGUCACAGCUACAGGAAAGUCUAUCGACUGGGGAUUCCAGGGAGGAAUGCAUAGAUGGGGAAUGCGUGGACAACCUAAGAGAAGAACAACUAAAUCACAUCGGCGAAUCGGUUCUGUUGGUAGUGUGGGAGAUGCUCGUAUUUGGCCCGGAAAAAGAAUGCCUGGUCAUAUGGGUUAUGAAUGGGUUACCGUUAGUGGGUUGAAGAUAAUCAGAAUGAAUUUCGAGAAACAAGUUUUAUAUGUGAAAGGCAGUGUGCCAGGUGAAGUUGGCGAGAUUUUGCAAUUAAAAGAUUGUUUGCAAUCCCAGAAAAAGCUGAAGCACGGACCUAUCCCCACUUGGACUCCAAGUUUGAGUGCAAUACCUGAAGAAACAGAGGAACAAGUUGUGGAAAACACUGAAGCUUUCGUUCCGGAAUUAUUCAGAUUCACUUCCCCCUCAAUUGUAUUCACAGAUGCUGAUGCUAAGAAGAGUGUUGGAAGAGAUAAGACCAAAGCGAAGAUUGCAAAGGUCAAAAAAUAA